AUGGACGAGCGCUUCAACAGGUGGCUGCUGCCGCCGCUGCUGGCGCUGCUCUUCCUGCUCAUCGUCUACCAGUACGUGUCGCCCGCCUGCCCCGGCGCCGCCUGCCCCCGCCGCCCGCCGGCCUCCGCCGCCCGCCGCGGGGGGGGCCCGGAGGAGCGGGAGGAGGAGGAGGAGGCGGCGACGAUGCCGCGGCUGGCGGCCAAGUUCCCGUUCGCCCGGGGGGAGCUGUGCCGGCGGGUGCGGUUCGACAUGCGGGGCCGCGACGUGAUCGUCUUCCUCCACAUCCAGAAGACGGGCGGCACCACGUUCGGGCGGCACCUGGUGCGCAACAUCCACCUGGAGCAGCCCUGCUACUGCCGGGCCGGGCAGAAGAAGUGCGCCUGCCACCGCCCGGGCGGCGACAAGGACACCUGGCUCUUCUCCCGCUUCUCCACGGGCUGGAGCUGCGGGCUGCACGCCGACUGGACCGAGCUCACCAGCUGCGUGCCCGCCGCCAUGGACAAUAAGAAAGAGAUACAUUUAGGUCCCAACAGGAAUUUCUACUACAUCACCAUGCUGAGGGAUCCAGUGUCACGGUACUUGAGUGAAUGGAAACAUGUCCAGAGGGGUGCAACGUGGAAAACCUCCCUUCAUAUGUGCGAUGGAAGAAGCCCAACACCAGACGAGCUGCCUACCUGUUAUGAAGGAGACGACUGGUCUGGAGUCAGCUUACAGGAAUUCAUGGAUUGUAGCUACAACUUGGCCAGCAACCGCCAGGUGCGCAUGCUGGCAGACCUCAGCCUGGUGGGGUGCUACAACCUGACUUUUAUGAAUGAGAGUGAGAGAAAUAUGAUUCUUCUCCAAAGCGCCAAGAACAAUCUGAAAAACAUGGCCUUCUUCGGGCUGACGGAAUUUCAGAGGAAAACACAGUAUCUCUUUGAGAGGACAUUCAACCUGAAAUUCAUUUCCCCAUUCACCCAAUUCAAUGUUACGCGGGCCUCCAACGUGGACAUCGGCGAGGAUGUGCGGCAACGGAUAGAGGAGCUGAAUUUCUUGGACGUGCAGCUGUAUGAAUAUGCAAAGGACCUGUUCCUGCAGCGCUUCCAGUACUCCAAGCAAGAGGAGCAUCAGAAGAACCGGCUAAAGAGGCGAGAGGAGCGGCGACUGCUGCGGGAGCAGAGAGCUCACCAGUGGCCAAGGGAAGAGGCAGCAGAAGUAGCUGUUACUGAAGAUUAUAAUAGUCAGGUUGCAAGGUGGUGAUGCACCUCCAUCUUGCCUAACCAAUGAGAGGAUCAGAUUGUUUGUGCAAUGUGGCUAUCUGGGAAUUAGCCAAGGGAGACCUACUGCUUUGGUAAAUGAGACCUCAUCUGACAACUCUCCCUCCUUGUCUCCAAGUUUUUCUUGGUUUCUGCCAGUGAGAAUGUAUUUUUUUCUCAAUAAGUAUUGAUUAGUGUUAUUAAAUGGCAGUAGAAUAAGAUUCCUGUCAGAAAAGACUUCCUUCAAAGGCCUAAGUAUGAGGAUGGGUUGAAGAGAGAGAGAGAUUUUUUGCGUUAACAGAUGUACCCUGUACAAUUGGAGCCACUAAAACUUGUGCAGACAUGAAUGAUAAAUCGGGGAAAAAUACUUGGCUCAGUUCCUUUGUAACAUGAGAGCUGGUUUAUUUCGUACUGUUCUUUGCAAUUGUAAGUGCAUAACUUUGUAGUGAAUGAAAUGGAGAAGGUGCACACAUUGCCCUUCAAACUUGUACAUGCUGUGUUUUGAUUAAGGGAAGAAUUUGAUGAGGUGAUUAAAAAAGACAUAGGAAGUGUUGGAUUGGGGUACUUCUUGCUCUGUUCCA